AUGGACAUUAUUUCCAAGCUGGUUUUUUGUGCUACUGUGCACUAUAUUUGGUGGGAAAGGAACCAAAGGCUGUUUUCCAACAAGGUCAAGUCUUAUGAUCAGAUUAUUGAGGCUAUUAGGCUAGAUGUAGCUAUCAAGUGUGCUGCCUUUCCAAUUUCGGUUGUUCACAACUCUAGAAAUCAGUUUUUGACGGAUAAUUGGGGGAUUAGGGUGGAUUGGAAGGUUAUCACACAAAAAACCUGCGCAUGGUUCAGCCCUCCCUCUCACGUGAUAGCCCUUCAUUGUGAUGGGUCUUUGACGGCUGACAGAACCUCUUAUGGUGGGGUUAUUCGAGAUGACACAGGGACUGCUAUCUUAGCUUAUAUGGGCAAAGGAGAGGAUAAUUUGAUCGUUGGCAUGGAACUACUUGCUAUCUUUAGAAGGGUUACUUUAUGCAUUGGAAAUGGUCUCCACCGAGUUUCUAUUAGAUCUGAUUCCAAACUUGCAGUGGACAUCUUAAAUGGGUCGGUGAAGUGUCCUUGGAACAUGCAAGUCUUAAAGGCCUAUAUCAUAUCCCUUUUUGGACAGCUACAACGUUUAGAGAUUCACCAUGUUUGGAGGGAGCUCAACCAACCGGCUGACUUUGUUGUUGCCAUUGACAUAGGGGAUGAGGAGUCUUUUUUCUUCCCCCCAGAUUUCCCCCCAAGGUUGGUGGAGUUGAUCAAGGAUGACUCAAAUCGUAAAACCUACUUUAGGACCCCUUCACAUUGA